ACAGUUUAGUAGUUAAUAAAGGAGGGUCUGCAAUGACUUUCUGUCUCUUCUGGAAAGCCAAAAAGUCCGAAACUCAUCACUCGAACUUUGCCAGUUUUCGAUUCUCAACUUUACACUGCUUAAACUUUGUAUCGUGUCGCAAUGGCAACAGAACAACGUCCCGAACCGUUCGUCUUGAGAUGGGGAAUUGUAGGAACUGGGCUGAUCGCGUCCUGGUUUGUUGGCGACCUCGUGCGUUACCCGAACGGCGAAAAAAGCGAAGACAAUAUCAAACACGUUAUUCAGGCAGUAGCUUCCUGUUCCUCCAUCGAAAAGGCCGAAUCUUUUGCGCAAAAGCACCUCGCAGGGAGUGGUAUAGAUCCACAGCUGUAUGAUUCGUAUGAUAAGCUCUAUGCGGACCCAAACGUUGACAUUGUUUACAUCGCAACCCCGCACACCCUACAUAACCAAAAUGCUCUCGAUAGCAUCAAAGCAGGGAAGCAUGUCUUAUGCGAAAAGCCCAUGGCUGUGAAUGCCAAGCAGGCACAGAAGAUGGUUGUUGCGGCGCGCGAGCGAGGCGUGUUCCUAAUGGAAGCCGUUUGGACUCGAUUCUUCCCAUUAGUCAAGGAGUUCCAGAAACUCAUCCACGUCGACAAGGCCAUCGGCACGCCGAAACGUGCUGUCUUCGAUUUCGGACUUGACAUGCCCAUAGACAAGGCUCCAGCCGGGUCAAGAUUACGGGACGUACGUCUCGGUGCCGGCUCCCUCCUAGAUAUCGGAAUAUAUCCGAUCACAUGGGCUGCUCUGGCCUUGCACCAACACCCUUCAAGGACGGAGCACGGUGCCGACGAGGAACAGCCCGUUGUCACGUCCAGUCUGACGCUCAAUGGAGGAGCCGACGAGAUUUCCACGGUCGUACUGAACUAUCCAAAGGGCCAAGCGCAAGCAAUAUGCAGCUCUACUUACCUAUACCAAUCUGCCGCCGAGUUUGGGCGUGUUGAAGGCACGGAAGGGUCGAUACAUGUUUCCGGGCUUGCAGCAUCCAAACCCGGCUCGCUGAUUCUGAAACGGAAGGGAGAAAAGGAAAUUUUCAAGGAUUUCGAAUUUGAGGGCUUCGGCUUUUUCUACGAAGCUGAUGCGGUGGCAAGGGAUAUCAGAGUUGGAAGGAAGGAAAACGAGACGAUGCCUUUAGCGGAGACGCUGAGGGUCUUGACAUUGAUUGAUCGGGUGCGUCAACAAAAUGGAUUGAUAUAUCCGCAAGAUGACGAGUAGUAGUAGUAGUCGCGAAAGUAUAGAGCUUUUGGCAUCUACUAGCUGAAAUCAUUCAAUGCCCAGUCAAGCAGCCUUCCACAGUCUGCAAUGCCACCUCUCUCGUCUGACCAAAAUGCUGACAAUUCCUUCUUCUUCUCUAAAAUCAGUUCCUUCCAGUCGCUUGGGAAUUGUAGCAAUGGGGCUGCGUUCAGCUCCGGAUCAGAUUGAGCCUUACCCGCAGCUAUUAACAUCAUAGCACAACAGACAAAAUUGCGCAGCUGGAACCAAAGGCCGUGGUGGCGCUCUCCCCUGGUUGACUUUACCCAUAGCGUGCAUAUAUGGAGACCUCGAGAUGCAAGACCCGC